UAUCUACAUUAAACGAUAUUUUUGAAGAAAUGUUGUUUCCUAUUUUACCGACAUACGAAACAGAUUACAAAGGACUCUUUGUAAAGCUGUCAUGCUCUGAUUUAGAUCAAAUUUUGCAUAUAAACUCCUUUUUGCGAAAGGAAACAUCUGUGAGAAUUAUUUUUGGCGAUUCGGAAAAAAUUUUUUUACCAUUUUGAUGUCAUUUCCUCCCUUCCCAACGGUCGAUUCUUCAGUAAAAAUAUGUUGGAUUAGGUUGCAUACUGUCUACAUGGAAAUACAGUUUGAGUAGGUUGGGUUAGUUUAUUAUUAUUAUUAUUAUUAUAUGUUUGGAACAAUUCGCCACUUACACUGCGUUCUGUCGGCUAGGUAGAGAAUGACAUCAAAAUGGUAACCACAUUUUUUCGAGUCGCCAAAAACCAUUUUUACAGAUAUUUCCUUUUGCAAAAUGGAACUUAACUGCAAAAUUUGGCCUGAAUCAGAGCAUAACGGUUUUCUCUGUUACUUGCCCAGCAUCGGGUCCUAUCUUACCGACAGUUAAACGAAGCUUGGUGCAAUAACAAAGCUUUUCUACAAAAUAUAUAAUAUUUUAUGCAUUCUAACAUAUAUUUUAGUUUUAUUAAAAUAUUGUGAUGAUUCUACAAUUAUUAAAUAUAAAUGUGUCGAAUCAGUAAAUAUUGUCAACGAGUUAAGCGAAAUAUGACGACAAAUAUUUUGUUUUGAAUAUUAUUAAAACAGUUAUUCGUUUAAGAAAAAUCUGGCAAAAAUUAACGAUGACAUAUAAACUUAGAAUUUUCAAUAUGUUUCUGCGAGCGCGCUAUAAAAGAGAAACCGGGCAUUGGGAAGGUCUCCCCAACAACAAAAUUCAAUAAAUCUAGAAACGGUCACCAGAGGCAGUAGUAUCGCUGCAUGCCGAAAGUUUCCGACCAAUGGCAGCUCUUGGUAACGAUGGCGGGAUAAAAGGUAGCAGUCUAUUGGUUAGGCAAUCGCCAAGGGAACUGUAGUGGGACAACGAAUAAACAGAUUUCAAAGUUUCGAAGUAGUCACACCGUAAGACAGGCAGAGGGUGAUUUGAUGUCCGCGUGCGUGUGUUUCCCGCGAAUGUUGCUUCGGAUGCGUGCGUUGCGAAGUUUUAAUGUUUCUAGUUCGUACGAUUCUGUUUGUCGCGUAGUUCCGAACGUUUGACACGCAAUGUCACUUCGAAAUAGCAAGCAUAGUUCCCAUGACAGUGUUGAUAGUGGUUAUUUGACUCUUACUCCUCGUUCCGGUGCGUACACGCCGAUACUUUCUGGAUACAGAUCUCGAGUAUCAUGUAUAUCGUCGAAAAGACAUCCCAGAGUUCGCGUAGACCCGCUUCAGUCAGAACGGGCUCAGAGGCAUCGAUCAAAAUUGAAUUACCUCUUAAAUACGUCGGAAUUCGAGUAUACCGCGCCGGAGAGUUCCGAAAGGGAAAGUUUCUCUCAGGAGACAUCCAGUUUCAGCGAUGAUCGACCAAGUUUAAGUAUCGAACAAUCGGGUUCGGAAUUAACUAAUCAAAGUAGUACGGAGUGCCAUGAAUUCGAGGAUGGAUUUCGGCGUAGAACCCGUCGAAGUUACAAGACGACAGUUCCCAUCACGCCAGCUUCGACGAGAUUGCAACUUCUUUCGCCACCCCCGUCACCGGCGGUGCCUUCUCCGUUCAUAGCCUCCGAGCCCAUUGAGAAAGAUAUGGAAAUGAAGCUAGUCAACGUGCCUCAAAGCACACCCCAGGUAACCACUUCGCCUAGACGAAAAACACCACCACCGACUCCGCGUAUCAUUAUUUCGCCAACCUGUCGGAAAGCUAGUCCCACGAUUAGUUCGGCGGACAAUCAGAAAUUAAGCAAGCUCUCUAUUAAGGAUCUUUCUGCCAUUGCCGAAAUUAAGCCAAAGAGGUUGGACUUCAGUCAUCGUGCCAUAUCUGUUGCAUUAUACCGUACAAGGGCCACACCAGACUAUACUGGUAGAGAAACAGUUGAUAUAUUGGCACUUCUUGGAGAGAAAAGCAAUCACUGGAGGAUAGUUUCAAAGAUAUUAUCUUACCUCGGACCGCAGGAUCUUUGCUCAAUCAGUAUGGUGUCCAAGACGUGGAGGAGGAUUUGUAUUAAUGACUCUAGAGCUAAUACGAAAAGACUGACCCACAUAAUACUCAGGCAGAAUGUUAAAGAGAACUUGAAGUUAAUCAAAAAAUCAAAGAUGGAAGGAAACAUCCAAACAAGUCCCAAAAGCAGAUACGCCAGGAAAGGAUAUUUAUUGGAGGUACAGAAUCUUCUUCAGGCACAGGGGAACCAACGACCACCCAGUAGUCCACCAGUUUCUCCCAGUAAAGUGAAAUUCCACUCUUUUGUCAAGGCUAGUCGUACACUUGCACCCUGGGAACAUUUGUUACCCUGUCCAAAGUGUUCAUUCCCUUGUCACGUGGAUGGCGAGAAAAACGUGGGAACGUGUUCGAGGCAAGGUUGCUCAAUGGAAUUUUGCACCUUCUGUUCGUCGAGGCCGCACACUGGUCCUUGUAAAACACCCCUGUUAGCUACGCCGACCAAGAGGAACAAACGGUUGGUCGUCGGCUCGAGGCAGAGUAAACGGAAUCUCAGGAGAUUAUAAGCAUUCCCUAUUAAACGAAAUCAAACGUUGAUCGCAAGAAUGAAAGUUGUUAGAUGAAUCUUUUAUAAAUGCUGUCACUUCACUCUCUAAUGAAACGUUUUAGCGUAUCGUCGAGAAUUGUCAAAUAGAAUCGUUGGAAUUAAUUUAAUUUAAUUUUGUUGCGAAGCGUAGUAUUUCUUUGAGAGUUAGUAUCGUCCUCGUUGUUCGUUCAACAUGCUUUCCAAUGAAACGUGAAUGUAUGGACGAACGAUUAAUUUGCGUUUAAUAUUUUAUAUGUUUUAAAGUUGUGUACAAAUUUGUGGGAUUGAAAAAUGAAAAAACCGAUUCAAAGUUAUAAUGGAUCGAUUGAUCGAGAUUUCUAAGUUCAUUAUAAUUUUGAUAUUACGAUACAAUCGCCGCAAGUUGAUUUUAACAACUAAUAGGAAACCAAUUAUUGGUAAUAAUUAGUGAUAACCGAAAUCAAACGACGCUUCUCCUUUCUCUCUACGUUACCCUUUUUGGGAGCCAUACUUUAUUUUUUACCAAUGUUUUUAGUACUCUAGUACGCCACUUUGGUUCUUUGUGCCAUCGUUUUUAAAGUUUUAAGGAAGAGAUUAACUCGGCAAUAAUUAAUCAAAAGGAAAAGUGUACAAGUACAAAUAUACAGCGUGAAUAUUAACCCUUUUACCACGGAAGACCACUGGACCAACUAUUCACAAAACUAACCUCAAUAUAAAGAAACAUAAUAAACAGUGGUCGUCCGGCGAAAUUACAAGAAAUUAUUAAAAUCACAAAUAUCUGGUUAAAUUACCUGAUGCGACAGACAAAUAUUUUUUUACAUAGCGAAGUACACAUUCGCAGGUUAUUUUUCUAUUUAAUGAUAGUAUUUAAAGAAAAGGGUUAAUACCGAAUAAAAUAGUUUAGAGUAACUCGAGAUAUUAGCAACUAAACGUUUAUUUAAAAAGUGCAAGAAAUAACACGUAGUUCCUCGUUACAUGCGUAGCAUUCACAUUCCUUCGUUUAUUAUUUUUAUUUUUAUAAUUACGCGUUUAUGCAAAUUGUAGGUACCUCGAUUAAAUAUUAAUUUGUUUAAAAGAAUACCAAAUUUAUCGAUCAAUCAAAACUUAUCUCCUAAUUCGUCGCCGAUUAAUUUUAAUAAUUUAAUAAUUUAAUUAAAAGAUGAAUGUUUAUAGUAAUUCAAAUUUAUGUGUGUCUGAAAAAGAUUAUAGUAUUAUAGAAUUACUUUAUUUUGUAAUAUUUUUCGUUUAGGUAAUCAAUAUAUAACGUCACAAUUUUCUGGAAAAAUUUUAAACAUCAUGUAAACAAUUACUUAAUGUACAAAAUUUAAACCAAAUUGGUAAUCCGAAUAUCUUGCCACUUUUUAUACGUAAUUCUUCUCUAAUUAAACAUAGAAUUGAGAAACGCGAUUCUUUUUUACAAUGUCCAUUUGCAGUUUUUAAAUAUAAGACCAUAUAUUAAUUGUUUGUAGCAAUUGCAAGAGCAGGAUGAGAUUUAGCAAAAUAAUGAGUAAUUGUGAAUAUAUCGGUUGUUUAAAUUAUGAAAUUGAAAAACAGAAUUCACCACUAUAAUGUAUUAGCAAAAGAAACAUUACAUACUCUAAUCUGCUUUAGUAUAUCGAUCAUUAUUAACCACUGAUAAUUCAAAUUGAACGAAGAUUCUAUUUUGCUCUCUUAUCAUCCUUCUCAAAAACUAUGUUUUAUUUUUCGAUAAUAUUUUUAGUAUUAUAGCAGGCCAAUUUCAGGUGCCAUUUUAUUAAAGUUUGAAAUUUAUUUUUAUUUUUUAUAUUUUAAUUUCUACCGAUCUAGAAUUUUUAACGUUGUAGCGUUUGUAUUUAUUCAGAAUGUAAAUGUGAAUUUUCAUGUGGCUUUUAAAUCAAAUUUACGUCCUGCGAAAAAUUAAUGUAAUCCAUUUCUACGAAAAUUUUAACCCAAACAACGUUCAAUUAUAACGAUAUAAUUGUAAAUUGUUUUUAAAAUUAACGAAGAAAUGUGAGUGCGACCCGUAUACGAGAAGAAAACGAAUGGGAACUGUUUGUCUUCGUGUGAUUUUCGUAUUUUUUAUUUCUGCUAAAUAGACGUUUAGUUGUUAGUAUCUUUAGUGCCUCUCAACUGUCCCAUCUCACAUAAAUUAUAGAAAUAUGUUCGAACCUGUUUUGUAUAGCAGUUAGACUUAUUACCAUUGUGCCUUAUAUUUGUGCUUCCAAUGGAAGUAUAUGUAAGAAAAUAGUAUGUAGAAAAUACCAAAACCUUCAACACGGUUUUCUCGCUAAAGUUUCAGUAUUGCGUACUAGAUAUUUUAGUAUAACUAUUAUGUACGGUGCGAAUUAGAUAUACGUUUUGAGCUGCGAUUGUUAUUUUCUUAAAGCAAUGAGCUUCUUCUGUCAAUUUGAAAAAUUAUGUUCUUUGUAAAAAAAAAAAAAAAAAAAAAAAACAAAAAAAAGAAGGAAA